AUGUGGUCAGCUUUAUUCUGGAUUUGCAAGUCACUGGUUUUUAAAUAUUUUGAUAAUUGUACUUUAGCACGAGAUGCAGAGGAAAGGGAAAAGUGGGUCAAUGCUCUGGAGAACACCAUACUACGACAUUCCAGUGCGGGCAAGAGGGUAGAUCAGAGAGACUCCGUGACUGCUGAGGAUUUUGAUCGGAAGCUUGCUGAGACAGACGCCUACCUCCAAAUCAUGUUGGACCAGGUCCAGGCCCUGGAGACGAGGAUCGAGGCCUGCGAGGAUUUGGCUGCCAAAGAGAAAUACAACGUGAUCAAAGUUACUGCUGAGGCUAUGAUAGAGGCAAUUAAACACUCCAUUGUAAUGCUGCAGAUAUCUAAGGAGAGUCUGAAUGGCCCGGUUAUGAAUGGUUCUGUACAUGAAGCCAUCCUCACAACUGGUGCUGACUUCAAUCAUUUUGGUGCUACGGGAAUCAUGUCAGAAGCUGAUCUCUCCUCAACCACGUCCCCUAUUUCUCCACGUGUUCCAGAAACCUCUUAUUCCAGUAGUGAGGAUGAAGAAUUUUUUGAAGCUGAAGAAUUCAAACAUGCCUCUUCUAGUCCCCUUCCACAACAUGCAGAUGACAAAUCAGAAAAUGCCACCAAAUUCACGGAGGGUGAGGAGACAGAGGAAACAGAGACAAGUGAUGGGGGCAGGGCAGACUGUCAGCAGGUAAUCAAGGCGGAGGAUGAUUACUACGAUGAACUCUAUGAUGAACAGGACAAAGAAGAUUUGGGGUCAUUAGAAAAACAUGGCAGUAUAAUAGCUCACCUGUUGUCACAGGUGAGAAUCGGAAUGGACCUCACAAAAGUCGUCCUCCCCACGUUUAUCCUGGAGAGACGCUCACUCCUCGAAAUGUACGCAGACUUCUUUGCUCACCCAGACCUGUUUGUCAAAAUUGUAGACAUGAAGACCCCACAGGACAGAAUGAUACAGCUUGUCAGGUGGUACCUAUCAGCAUUCCAUGCUGCCAGAAACAGUGAUAUCGCCAAAAAAGCUUACAAUCCGAUCCUUGGGGAAACAUUCAAGUGUCACUGGAAAAUCCCAGGAAUGGAGGCUGAAGGGGAGAAAGCUGUAGAUGGGCCGUGUGAAGAAGCCACAAAUAACAACCUAGCCUUUGUAGCAGAGCAAGUGUCUCAUCACCCUCCCAUUUCAGCAUUUUAUGCAGAACAUAAGUCAAAAAGAAUAACAUUAGAUGGUUAUAUUUGGACCAAGUCCAAGUUCCUGGGGCUGUCAAUAGGUGUUCACAUGAUCGGACAGGGUGUGGUAUCAGUGAUCGAUCAUGAUGAAGAAUACGUCAUUACAUUCCCUAACGGAUAUGGUCGGUCAAUUCUGACAACCCCCUGGGUGGAGAUGGGGGGUAAGGUGACCAUGUCAUGUGCCAAAACAGGAUACAAUGCUACUGUCACUUUUCACACAAAGCCAUUCUACGGAGGGAAGAAACAUAGAGUGACCAGUGAAAUUUUUGCUCCCAAUGAAAAGAAACCCCUGGUGACUAUUGAUGGGGAAUGGAACGGAGUCAUGUACGCCAAACAUGCCACGGGGAUGAAUGAGGUGUUUGUGGAUACAAAGAGGAUGCCAGUGGUGAAGAAACUCGUGAAGCCAAGGGAGAAACAGGGAGAGUUUGAGUCUAGGAGGCUUUGGCAGGAUGUGACUUAUAGCUUGAAGUAUAAUGAGGUGGAUAAAGCUACGGAAUUCAAACAGAGAUUAGAGCAGAGACAGAGAGAAGAGGCAAGGGAGAGGAAGGAAAGGGGCGUGUCCUGGGAAACCAAGAAUUUUCAUGAAGUUGGAGAACACUGGGUAUAUGACAAACCUCUACAGAAGAGACUGAAGAAUGCUUCCCCUGUCUCCAGUAACUCACAUACACCCAACAGUUAG